UCAAGCAAAGUAGCCGAGCAAUUUUUGUUGACACUUGCCAAAAUAAAGAAGGAAAAAACAAAAGUUCUUGAGUUAAAUUUGUCAUCCAAAAAUCUAGCUGCAAGAAGAACUUUCUUUUUUAUUUCUUAUUUUUGAAUUUGUUUUUAAUUUCUUUUUUGUGCUUACAGGCUGGUAGUUAGUUCACCUUUUUAGUUCAAACCUUAACCGGCAACGCCAAAAAACCCACACCGAGACGAAACUAAUCGGAAUCAAAUCGCUCCUCAACAGCUAGAUUUUUUCACCGAUUCAUUAACUGAAACCAGUAAAUAGCCUUGAGAAGAAAUGAGCGUGAUCGACAUCUUAACAAGAGUAGAUGCGAUCUGUCAGAAGUACGACAGGUACGACGUCGAAAAGCAAAAAGAUCUAAAUGUCUCCGGUGACGAUGCCUUCGCUCGCCUUUACGCCGUCGUUGAGGCCGACAUUGAAUCCGCUCUUCAGAAAGCAGAGGUUGCUUCAAAAGAGAAAAAUAAGGCAUCUGCUGUUGCUUUAAACGCGGAGAUUCGUCGAACAAAGGCAAAAUUGUUAGAGGAGGUUCCUAAGUUACAGAGGUUGGCUGUUAAGAAGGUUAAAGGGCUUUCAACGGAAGAGCUUACUGCCCGUAAUGAUUUGGUCCUUGCAUUGCCAGAUAGGAUUCAAGCUAUCCCUGAUGGAAAUGCAGCUGCUCCUAAACAAACUGGGGGUUGGGGGGCUCCUUCAGCAUCCCGAACCGAAAUCAAAUUUGAUUCAGAUGGUCGUUUUGAUAAUGAAUACUUUCAAGAAAAUGAGACAUCAAGUCAAUUCAGGCAGGAGUAUGAGAUGCGUAGAAUGAAGCAGGAUCAAGGUUUGGACAUGAUUUCCAAAGGAUUAGAUACUCUGAAAGACAUGGCUCAUGACAUGAAUGAGGAGUUAGAUAGGCAAGUACCUUUGAUGGAUGAGAUUGAUACAAAGGUGGACAAGGCAACAGCUGACCUGAAAAAUACCAAUGUUAGACUUAAAGACACUGUUAACCAGUUGAGAUCUAGCAGAAAUUUCUGCAUUGAUAUUGUUUUGUUGUGCAUAAUUCUGGGAAUUGCAGCCUAUUUAUACAAUGUGCUAAAGAAGUGAUGCAGCAGAAGUAAUGUGCUUUUCGACUUAUUUCUUGGUGUUGUUGUGUUGGCCUUUUCUGGCAUUUAUUUGUAUGAGGAGAACUUCUUAUGGUGCGUGCAUUUGUGUCGUGGUUGGAAAUAGAUUCUCGUCAUUCCUGUAAAGAUUUAAAAAAUCAGUCAUGUAUUAUUUUAUCGCUUCCAAACAGUCCUGUAAUUCUUUUUAUUUUCCUAACUUGCUCUGAUUCUGAGCUUUCUUUCUCUCAA